AUGGCUCAAAGCAAUGAAGAAAGUAUGAAAAAGAUUAGCAAUGUGAAUCUUGACAAACUGAUAGAGGACUUCUCACAGAUAGAAAAGAAGAUGAUAGAAACCACUGGAAAGAAUAACCGUUUGGAUAUUCAGCUGGAGAAGAGUAAUAGUUUAUUAAAGAUAAUGCAAACAAAAGAGGCCACGAUAAAAGAAGAAUGUGCUACUCUUCAUACUAUGAUAAAAGGGCUACAAGAGACUAUUCAGUAUCAACACAAUUUGAAAGAUGAAAAUGAACAACUAAAAAGAAAUGUUGAUUUUAUGAAAGAAAAGUUAAAAUCUCAUGAGCAGGAAUAUAAGAACAGUAUUGCCAAACUCAUAAGUGAAAUGAAAAUCAAAGAGGAGGGACAUAAAAUCGAAAUGAGCAAACUUUAUCAGGAUAUGCAGAAAAAAGUUGAAUUAAAUGAAGAAAAGCACAAAGAACUAAUGAUAAAGAAAGAGAUGGAAAUAUCAGAGUUAAAUGAAAAGUUAAGAACUCAAGAGAAGGAAAAGCAAAAUGAAAUACUCAAACUACAUCUAGAAUUUGACACAAAACUAGCAAGAGUUCAAACUAAAUCAAAGUCGUAUCCGGAUGCUACUAUUUUGCCGCAGAGUAUCUACAGAAGGAAGCUUCAACAUCUUCAAGAGGAAAAGAGCAAGGAGAUUGCGAGUCUCCAGAACACUAUCCGAGACCUGGAGCGGCGCCUCGCAGCUGCCAAAAACUCCCGCCCCCCUCGGGGACGGUUUUGAGCAGAGCACUUUAGGCAUUAGCUACAACUUAGUUUCUUUAAAGGCAUUAAAAUUCACUUCUGUUUUCAAUGUGA